AUGGAAUUAUAUCUGUCGUCUGAUACCAAUUUAGUUUUCUUCACACAAUUCGCUUUAACGUGUCCAGAUUUUCCGCACUGGAAACACUUCUUAGAGUUUUUAACAAAACCACCUAUUUGCCUGUCAACAGAUGAAUACUUCCUUUUGAGAGAAGAAGAAUCACUUUCGGCUAUAUUUUGUCUGUCAUUGCACGAAGGCUUAACAAAAGGUGACAAGAAAACCAAUAAUUCAGAAAUAGUUCUGCAGUUAGCAUUCAUCGCAGCAUUGCGCACCUCUAGUUCAGAGAUUCGCGCAAACUGUAUGGGUAAUGAUGAAUGUCCAUUGACAUUAGAUGAUGCUGGCGGCGUUUUAGGACAUGCAUACUUUCCUGACUCUAGCGGCACCUGUAGAGAAAUCCAUUUAGAUAUAAAUGAACGCUGGUAUUUUGGAAAUAAUCCUAAUAUACCCAAAAAUCAAACUAGUUUUCUUAUGGUGUUGGUUCAUGAAAUUGGACAUGCCCUCGGCAUAGCACAUAGUGCUUCUCCGAAUGCUAUUAUGUUUGCCUUCUAUCAGCAUGAGAUUCGUGGUCUAGAUGUUGAUGAUAUAAAUGCAGUACAAUAUCUAUAUGGAAGAAAAAACAAAUAUGAUUCAAUCCCAAAGUCUACCACCGCAUCAGCAAUACCAAAAACAACAACAACUAUAAGAUCUACAACUCGUAAGCAGCCGAUCCUCAAAAAUUUGUGUGAUAUUAUUCCAGAUUUUAUGUUUUUAGCUAUUGCUCCAGAGUUUUCAAAUUACCGAUUAUAUAUUGCACAUGAUAUGUUUAUAUGGAAACUAGACUUAAACGAAAUGAUUAUCCCAUCUCAGCCUGAACUUCUUGUCGAUUAUGUUCCUACAGAAUUACGUCAAUACACUUUACAACAUAUUUUCCAAUCAACAAACGGUGACUUGAUUACCAUUGUGUCUCCAAACAACUAUUUCUCAGCAUCAUUCCCUACCAUUAAAUUUCUUGAUAAUUUUUCAAUUGAUAUACCCGAUAGGGCUCGAAUCAAUGCUAUUUUUCAAUCAAACGCAGGACGGUCCUAUACCUUUUAUAAUAAUAUGUCAUAUAUAGAAUUUUCUAACGAUUUUACUGAUGUGUUGAACAGAGGACGGAUAAGAGACAUAUUUCCUGAAUUACCUGAAGAUAUUUCUCUCGCAUUUCGAUGGAUUGAUGGCCAUAUUUACUUUUUCCGUCACGCAACUUACUAUAAAUUUAAUGAAUUUACAAGAAAAGUUGUUGCGACCGGACCAUUUCAUUGGACUCUAUUUGGAGUACCAUGCCCCAGCGAGGAUUUGUUACAUCAACUAAAAACUCUGUUAUCUAAACUUGUAUCUGUAUAUCAUUAA